GCACAACAACAAUUAUUAUGCUAGUUAUUCAUAAUUCUAGUCAGGCUACAUAGUCAUUACAUGUGCAGCAAGUGAGCUAGCUCAGGACGUAUGCCAUAACAGUAUCCAGGUAACCUCGCAUUGGGGCAUCACCAAUCAGCUCGUAGAUUUCGUGUUCGAUACGCUGCUAUUACCUCAGAAAUGAGCGUCGCAUUCCGCAGCCUUCAAAGAGGCCAACUUGCAGCUCUGCAGCUACGAUGCAUGGCGCAAGCAGCCAAACCGAUUUCGGAAUCGAAGAGUCCCAGCGCUUCGGGCAUGACUAAUGAUCAAUGUUUCCAAUUGGAAAAGCUGAAGCAGCUGACAAGUGUAGCAAGCAGCCUGACAUUGAACGAUGAGGAGGUGAAAAUCAUCUCAGCACCGAUUGAGGAGAAGCAUCUACAGCUGAGAGAAGGAUCAAUGCUUUACAUAUCGACGGUUCACUAUCGUGUGCGGCUAAACAAGGCUCUCGGAAUUGGUGGUUGGGCGCUGAUCCCCAUGGGCGAUGCGGAAAUACAUGGAGAUGCGAAGGAUAAAUUGAUCUUGCGUGAGUUUGGGCUGUUUAUCAGAGGACACCUUGUAUCCCAAGCUGUUGGAGAGCACCGCGUCUUUGGUCCUGAGUCUCAAGGCAAGUCACUUGAGUCAGCCCGCUCAUCAGCUUUGAAGCGCUGCUGCAAGGACUUAGGAAUGUACCGGGAACUUCACAUUGCUCAGGUCAGCAGUGAACUAAAACACAAGCUGUUGUUGAAGAAACCAGGCCAGAAAAAGCGAUAUUGAUUCCGCAAGGUGCAGUGGUACUGUGGUAUUUUCUUUACCAUGUGUGCAAAUUUACUGCCAAAGCACCACACGAGGUCCCAUUUUUGUUUCCUAGGCUUUGAUAGCCCUUUUUGGUGUGCGGUGUGCGCCGAUAGCUACCUGUUUUCUCUAGAGUGUGCGAUAGCUACUUGUUUUCUCUAGAUUGUGUUCCCAAGUACUUUUGUGCUUUGCUUCUUUUUGGAUCCUGAUGUCGCAUUUCCCUUGCUAAUGCUUUUGGUCCUUUCGUGCGUAAGUUUGCAUGUGUAUGCAGGACACCCUGCAUGCCAGUACGGCCCCCAUGUCCAUGGGACGCCAACCAGACCGUCUUCUCACUAAUUUGCUGCUGGCAAGUUGUUGUCAUCAUGCAUUGUUACUUCCACACUUUACGUGUUUGCAGUGACUCGCAGGCUGUUUUCGGGUUCCAUGUCCUCCGUUGGCUUUUCUGAGUUUUCUCGCUUUCUGCUUGGU